CUCUCUUUUCCCUCAGCGUCUCCCUCCCCAACAGACCCGCCCCAACAGCCCGCCUCACCCCCAUCAUCAACACCCGCUUUUGGGCACCCUGAGAUUAUCGCCACCGCGCAUCGAAGUAAAGGCCUGAGAAACGUCAUGGCGAAGUCGAAGAAAGAAGACACUGGCGAGCUCCAGGUGUCGAUUGAGCAGUUCACCCGCACCCGAGAUUCAGUCAUCAUGUCGCUCACAAAUCUGCAAGCGGGUCUCACGCACGUCCAGAAUGGCCUCACCGAUCUCCUGCGAGCUUACAUGCAACAUACCGCAUCUAUUCUCGCUGGGGAUUCUGGAGCUGUUGCUGAGACCCUGCAGUUGCCUCCACACAUCUCGACCAGUGUCAAUGCAAUUGCUGAGGCGGCCGCACAAGCUACAAAAGGAGCUCCGGUUGCCGUUGUCGCUGAGGGAGGCAAGCGUAAGAGGAAGCGGGAGAAGAAGGAGCGUGAUCCCAAUGCCCCGAAGAAGCCUUUAACGGCAGCCUUCCUGUAUGCACAGGUUGCAAGGCCGAUUGUGAGGAAGGAUCUUGAGUCUUCGCUCGGUCCGAACGAGAAGCUGGAGCCCAAUGCCGUCAAUCUUGAGGUGACGAAGCGGUGGAAUGAGAUGCCCGAAGAGGACAAGGAGAAAUGGAAAGCAUCGUACCGCGACUCGAUGGAGAAAUUUAAGGAGGAAAUGAAGACAUACACGGCGCAAACCAACGCCGACGCCGCCGCACUCCACGACGAAGAAGAAGCUUCAGACGAAGCCGAAGUCGGAGCCCUUGACUCGGACGCAUCCGAGGACUCGGACGGAGAAGCAGCGGCCGUGGUCUCAGCACCCUUUCUCAAUGCGCCAACUCCACCGACAGCCAACACCAAGACCCCGCGCGCCAACAAACGUCAAAAGACAGCCACCCAAACUAACGGCACACUGGCGCCUGUCCCCAUCGCGCCUGCCAUCUCAGGUCACUCUCCCGUCCCCCUCCCCAUUGUGUCCAAACUCAUGCCCCAGAUCCUCCCGGCUGGCUCCAACGGCAUUGAUACAUCCACCCCAGCCAAGGGAAAGGACAAGAAAACCCAAAAGAAAGACAAACCAACUCCUCAACCUAUUGCGCCUGCUCUCUCUUCCCAAACCAAAGAACCUUCGCCGGACGACCCAAAAAAGAAGUCCAAGAGCCGUAGUACGCGCAACGCGGAGGCCGAAACGCCCAGCGAGCCAGUGGUGGAGAAGGAAGCUACAAAGACCAAAAAGCGGGAUCGGAGCAAGAGGAAGAGUGAGGGUGUUGCUGCUUAAACUGCUCCUGCCCCUCCCCUUCCCUA